CAAUGUACUAAAAAGAAAGUGUAUGUAUGCGUGUACACGCUAAUGUACAAGUCAAAGAAACUUGGAAAGAAAGAAAGAAUAAAAAACAUAUACGGAAAAGAAGAACGAAAGUGACAGACAAGGAAGUAGAAAAAGAUGAAGUAACAAUGAAAGAAAGUGACACAGAAAAAAGAAACAAGAUAGUUGGAAAAGUUUGUGAAAGAGUAAAGGGAAGAAGAAAGAGAGAGAGAGAGAGAAGAAUCUGUCUCACCUGAAAAUCGCCGGAAUGUUGCUUCUACCGGUGGAGUGUGUACCAAUAAGCUGCUGGAAAUGGGGGUAGGCAGGAGGUGUAGGGUUGAACCAGACGGCUCCUUUUUUUUUUUUUUGGCACGCCCGGAACCAUCGCACAUGAGCGCGCGUGUGGGAGUAGAUGAGCAAUAUACUGCUGACCCAGUUUCACAGAUUUUAAUUUUUCUUUUAUGUUUUAAAAUGUAGCCUCUAUCGUCUGGACGUUUAGUGUGACCUGUUAGGGCAGGGGAAACUCUCUUAAUAACCUGGGCCUAGACACAAUUAUACGAGUUCCAACUCAGUAACAAGAAUUUCUGGAUUUUUGUUUCGUUAAUAUUGGUAAAGAUUCAAUCUUCAAGCAUCUCAUCAGCCUCUGGAUAUCUUGAAAUAGAAAGAUUCAAUUUGAUGUUAAAUAAAGCAUUUAUGUAACAAAAGGAGAAAACAUCUCUUGAGCAUUUAAAAAGACAGAGAAAAACAAAACAUCGCUUGAAAUGGAGUAUUAAACAAAAAGAGGACUUCUUUUUUACUUUGAGAACUCAUUCAGCACGGUGCAGUAAACAAUUCAUGACGUGUCAAAGAUACGAGUAUUUGUAUAGAAAUGUCUAGUUAUAAAACAACUAUUGUGACAUUUGUCAACAGAACACGCCUCUGAUGUGGUGGCACAGGAUAAUACAUUUCAGACUUUUUAUUGAUGGCUAUGAUUAUGAUGACCGAUCCAGAACGACGGAAUUCUGAACCUUUUAAAUCAGGACAUCUUAAUCAACAAGUUAAAAACACGCUAGAAAACGUCAAGCAUUACUCUUUGGAGGAUUUAAACUCCCGACAUAACAGAUGCCUUCCAAGCGCCUACGUCUCAUGUCAGAAAGUCGCGGAGAACGGACAGCCGCCAAGGGAGAAACUCGUAUUGAGUCUUGACGACGGGUAUGGCACUGACAGUCGUUCAACUACCACGGCCUCCAUCUCCUCCCCUCUGUCCUCCAGUCUGUCUUCUCUUAGCACCUACGAAGGUUCUCCCAUAGGCGCAGGGAGCAACAUCCCUCACCUAGAGCUGAGCAGCGCAGCACACUUCGCAAUGCAGCGAUCCCCCAUAGAAAAAGGGCCUAGCGUCCUGGCCAUGAGCCGAUCCUCUAUGAACAAACACAUCAGCCUUCACGCUAAGAGGCGCGACGUGCAAAUAGAGUCACCGGAAACGACGUCCAACCUCGAAGACCGACUUCGCGCCCUUACUACUAUAGAAGAAGAAGAUUCAUUGCAGGAUAGGAACCGGAGUCGUUACCACCAAGGAAACUACGCAAACGACACCUUGGCCAGACUGUCUCAUUCUUUGGUGUCUAGCCCAAGAGAUUUGAGAUACAGUAGAAGAAGUACUCAUAAUCUGGAUUUGACUUCUUCCAGCAAUGAAGCUGCCACAUUAAACACAUCAGGCUUUUUCAGGGCCGUUCCAGUCCAUGUGAACGAUGCUGUAGAAGCAAGACCCUGUGAUUCCACAAAUCACCAAGAAAGGAGCUCAUUAGCAUCUCAUUCCAAGUCCCCUCUGGAUGGCUGGCAGGACUAUACGACUUUUUUCCAGAAAGAUACUGAGAUCCCGUUGCAUAAUAUUGACCCGGCUGGUCGAGGAAAGUUCACCAAUGCUAGUGUGGACGAUGUUCCCGAUAUGGAUAUAAAUAGACAGCUAAGAGCGAGAAUUUCCAAUAUUACCAAAAAUCAGGUUGCUUUGAACCACGAUGUUGAUUAUGCUAACCAUGCGGUAGGUCAGAGUAAAUCCGUCCCACCCAGCCCUUGUCAGCACCGGUCGCUUGGUCUGCACAGGACAGUGGGUGCUGAAGAUGCAAGUCAGUACCUACCACAACACCAAACACAAAAAGCGUUACCAGGUGACAAUGCUAACGGCACUGGGAACAACUCUAGACAGCGUCGUAUAAUGAGCUCCAUGCCAGAUCUUAGAAACUAUGAGUCUUCUUCGUCGUGGCAGGCUGAACAGCAGCCCUCAUCCCUUCCUUACCAACCGUCCGGAUAUACGCCUUCGCAACCACAGCAGUCAUCAUCGCUUUCUUACCAACCGUCCGGAUAUACGCCUUCGCAAACACAGCAGUCAUCAUCACUUUCUUACCAACCGUCCGGAUAUACGCCUUCGCAAGCACAGCAGCCGUCAUCACUUCCUUUCCAACCGUCGGGAUAUACCCCUUCGCACCCAGAAAAGCCGCAGCAGUACAGUAUGUACAGACAAAACCCCGAGCUUCCAGACGAUCGGACAGAUAGUCAUUAUCAACAACUCUAUGACACAAGGCAGCAGCAGGCUCCAUCAGCGUAUCUGCAUCAGCCAAGUUACCAAAUAAAACAUCCUGCUGAUUCAUCACAUCAUCAUCCCCAGCUUCAAUCGCAGUGGCAGCCUCCAGCUCAACCCAGCCGUUAUGUGAACCUUCAGCCGCAAUACGCCUCUUCUAUUGAUGUUUCAAAUACAGGCAGCUUCGUUCGAGACAGCCCCCACCGCCUUGUAGAAGAGCAGGCAAGUUUAAAUUACCCAGAGGUCGUCUUCAGGCGAACACGCCACUCUGCAUCCCCAAGUAGUGCUCCUCCUAGACUUGACCGUUAUUCUUGGCAGCCAGUAAAUCUUAACGGUCAAGAGGAUUUAGAAAACCGAAUGAGAACAGUCCAGGAGAGGUCUUCUUUAGAUCUCGGAAGUAUUCCCCAACUUCAAAAACAGAUUCGCGCCACAUCUGAACUCUGCCUACAGGCAUCAAGGAGACACAUGUUCGCCUCUUCUGCAGAUAUAUACAAACUGUUCUCGGGUCAAAAGAAAGGACCAGUUCCUUCUUCUCCAGUCACCCCAAGGCACAACAUGUCCAACGAUCACGGAGUGAUAUCUUCAUCUAAAGAAUCACUCAACUUGCCACAAAAUGAUUAUGAAAAUUCGUUGGAAAAUUCAUAUCAUAACAGCUUUAUUCAAGAGAACAUUCACCCACUUUCAAGAACGAAACCAAAGCUAAGAAUAAUUAUGCCCCCUUCUGGCAUUGGUUUGCAAACCUCCUCACCUGGGCCAAGCAGGCCGAGCUAUCAGACCCCACCAGAUUCAGCAAUAAACGUCUCACCUGUUUUGAAUGAGAGGGCACCAGACGCGGGCUCCUUACAACGGAGGAGUUUUUCUAUGCAUGGUGACCUCGCAGGUUACCAAAGACGACCCAGUGUAGAACUAGGGAUUGAAAAAUCAGGUUAUUAUAGACCCCCAAGUGUCGACAUUGGGCUGGAUAAGUCUCUCUUUCAAAGACCACCCAGUGCCGAAUUCGGGAUGGAUAAGUAUUCAUAUCAAAGACCUCCUAGUGUAGAAAUGAGAAUGGACAAACAGCUAUAUCAAAGACCUCACAGUGUUGAUCCAGCUACUGAUAAUUGGUAUAAAAGAUCUUCUAGUGCAGAUCUUUACUCUGAUAGGCAGUGCGAUAAUGGAAUGGAUACCCCUAUAUUUCAAAGACCUCCUGGUGCUGAUGUAAGUUUAAAUAUAAAUAAUACAUUUUAUCACAGACCUUCUAGUGUUGACCAUGGAAUGGAUAAACCAACGUAUCAAAGACCUUCUAAUGUUGAACGAGAGAUGAAUAAGCAUUCAUUGCAGAAUGUUGAACAUUCUUUUUACAAUAGACAGUCUCUUUCCAAUUUUAGUAAAUCCUCUUUUCAAGAACAGUCUAGUUCUGACGUUGGUUAUGAUAAGACACAUCUUCAAAGAACAGCAUCUCUUGACCCAGGAGUGGAUAGACCCUUGUACCAUAGACAAUCCAGUGGUUAUUCUUCAGAGACUGAACUACAGCAAAUAGAAUCCAAUGCGGCGAAGAGGUGCGAGCAACGCCAAGAGAGACAAUCGCGCAAAGACGGGCAAGAUUUUGUUCCCUUGAACCGAUCUCUGGACUCAAACACUUGCACAGACCAGACGGAUGAACCAGCGGUUGACGAACCUGUGUACGUCAACCUCGCCAGUGGGAAGUCGGCAGAGGCUCUUAACAGAUCAUCCAGUUCCAGUGGGAGGACGCAUCAAUCAUCCGGAGAUAUUUCAGGAAAUAUUAUAGCUUCCGCUAACACAUUGGCUUCCCGUUAUUCGACCCAGCCUGACGGUGAUCAGUAUAUUUUGACAGCAGAACAGCACAAGGUGCACCCAGAUGACUCCCACGCAAAGGGGAUCUACUCUCCCAACGAUGAUCCCAAGUUCACCAGCUUACCACAAGAAACAGGAUUUAUUACUCCACCUGUUAAUCAACAUGAAAAACUCUUUACCAGACAUGACAAUGCCCAUUACAUUAUCCAAGAUAAAAGCUACCAACAAAGGGACCAUUAUGUCAAUCAGGGCAAAAGCCUUUACAUCAACCAGGACAAUGACACUUACAGCAGUUCAGAUCAGAGUCAUUACAGUAAUGUCCAGCAAAUGUUAUCCCAUAAUAAGCCAGUGUUUCCUGAACCGGCCAUUACCCAGAAGCAGGUAAUCAACUUCAACAAAAAGCCGGUCACCAUAACUAGUCUCGUGCCGCAGUUUGUCUAUGAGGAUUCACACGACAAUACCAAACCCGCAGGCAGCAACGUGGCUGGGGCAAGGCCAAACUAUCCGCUGACCCCUCACGUUUCGGUCCUGCAGGAUUACCCAGUAACCCCGCCACAUCCCUCUGAGCAGCACUCUGGUGACUCCCGUCCCCAUGUCUCAAGCAGGCAGGCCGCCAAUGUUAUAUACAGCAACGAUACGGGAAGAACCAACUACAUCAACCCUGUGCGACAGCCCCAAAGGCCAGGGAGCAGCGCGCGCCAGCUAUCGCCCGCCAUCCUAUCGCAACUUUUGGACACGCCUUUUGCCACCAACAUAAUAUCUGAUGAACAGGGCGAUAAACUGUCCACUCUAGUUUAAUACAUAGGCGUAUACUGAUUAGAAUGUUACUAAAAGUUCGAAAGUCACUAUUCCAUGGAGCAGAUAAUCUAAAACUGAUCUCUUCUCAUAGCCAAAAAGCUAACAAGGAUGUCACGUGACCAGCAUAACGACCAACUACAAAUCUAAUAAACCUUAUUAGCUGAAUGGGUCCAAUGACGCAAUAAAAUCCCGAAUUACCCCAUUCUUAACUGAACUGGGGGGGGGGGGUCUUUCGGUUUGGAAAUAGUUGACUUCCAACUUUAUCAUCAGGCCUCCAAACUAAAGAUGCAUAACAAUUAAGAAUAGUUCACUAUUUACAUAACGAAUGUGGACUUGCGAACUAUUUCUCACUGACACGGAUUAAAUAUCUAUAUAUUAUUAUCAGAGAUUCUCAAUGUUUCAUUGUAACUUUUCCUACCUCUUCAAAUCAUUUCCCAGCAUGCAAUACAUGUGAGAAACACUACCGAACCACUUGUACAGAUUUUUCACAAUCUGACAGGCUAUACAAUUCGGCAAUGCCAAUCAAACUCAGACCAGAAUUACUAAAACUUUGUCACAGGUUUGAUUUAUCGAACUCUUUCUACAUUCAGAGUGUGUGUUUGUAAACUAUUAUUUUGAUAUGUUUGUACACUCAAACAUUUGUUGUAUUCGUUGUUAAAAAAAUAUGUAUAUAAUCAUUAUAAUGGUUGAUCUUAUAUAAGUCUAUGUUGCAGAUUUGAUUGUUAUUUAUAUAAUAUUUGGUGUAUAGAGCUAGUAUAUUCUAAUCUGUCGCGUCUAUUAGUAGUUGGCAGUGCUGUGUUCACAUUUUUUUUCGAAGACAGUAUAGUUUUAUGUGCAGUUAUCACGCCCUGAAAUCCUAUAGUUAAUAGUGUUUUUAUCUAUCUAUCUAUCUAUCUAUCUAUCUAUCUAUCUAUCUAUCUAUCUAUCUAUCUAUCUAUCUGUCUGUCUGUCUGUCUGUCUGUCUAUCUAAUCUAUCUAUCUAUCUAUCUAUCUAUCUAUCUAUCUAUCUAUCUAUCUAUCUAUCUAUCUAUCUAUCUGACUGUCUGUCUGUCUGUCUUUCUGUCUGUCUAUCUAUCUACCUAUCUGUCUGUCUGUCUGUCUAUCUAUCUAUCUAUCUAUCUAUCUAUCUAUCUAUCUAUCUAUCUAUCUAUCUAUCUAUCUAUCUAUCUAUCUAUCUAUCUAUCUAUCUAUCUAUCUAUCUAUAAUCUUUAUGCACAUAUUGUAAGACACAUUUCCAUAUGAAUAAUGAAGUUUAAUAUUAUUAUUAUUAUAUGUAAAGACGCUCUAUCAAAUGAGCUAAACCAACCAAACUUAAGUCUAAAAUUGAAGCUUCCGAUAACUGAUUCAAUGUUUGCUUUUGAUCAUAGUCUAUAGAGAAAGUGUCAUCUAAUGGUAGGAAUUGAAAAAAAAAAAAAAAAAAAAGCAUACUACAAGUCCAUGUUACGAUUCUGAUACUUGGUGUAUAAAACACUGUAAUAGUAAAACAGCCCCUACCUAAAUAAAUCGUAAACAGAAAUCAAAUACCUAGCCUAUAUAUAUUGUAGUAUAUAUAGGUCGUAGGCACGACAUGGCCUAAAUUGUGCCGAUGUGCCUCAAAUCAAAUCAAAUCAUAUAUAGGUCGUAACUUCUUUUAUAGAGAAAUAACUUUUUGCAAUUUCUUUUACUAAAAUUGUGGGCUAUUCGCGUCUGACAUCUAUAAUUUUUACUUGUACAUACAGUGCCCAUUGAUGUAUUUCAAUAUGGCUAAGAGUCUAUUGCUUAUUAAGUAGUGUGUUUAAUUUAUGCAUGAAAGUACGUUUGCGCUAUUAAUGUGUGUAUUUUAUAAUGCCUGAGAUUGCAUUAACAUGUAUUUUAAUGUUGCCUUUAUUGAUGAAUUGUUUUAUACAUUUUGUUUUUAAUUUAUUUGAGAUUGUUUGAACUAAUUCAAGUUGAGUCCAGAGAGUGUAGUGUGAUCAUUGUUGGAUCUAUAGAGAAUGAAUUUCUGCCAUUAUUAUAUCGUUUGAUGUCUUGAGAUUGUAUAAUGUAAAUAAUGUACAACUAUGUGCUCAUUUCUUUUCUUUAUAUAUCUAUAUUCAAACACGGCCAGUUACUUAGAAGUUUGUGUAUUCAUUUUAAAGUCAUGUAUAGGAAAAGAAGCAUUAUACAACAUAUUAAAGAAAAACGUCUAACCCAUUCUGUACAUUACUAUUCUGUUGUCCAACGGAAUCGAGCAUUUGAGAGAGGCUUUACAAAGAGAGAGGCGGCUAAGUGGUAAAGCGAGUGGCUUCCGAACCUAGGGGUCCCAUGUUCGACCCUGGUGGUGACUGGUAUUUUUAAAUUUCUGGAUCUUUAAGGGGCCUCUGAGGCCACCCAGCUCACAUGGGUACCUGAGUCUAGUUGGGGAAAAGUAAAGGCGGUUGGUCGUUGAGGUGGCCACAGGACACCCUCGUCAACCGUGGGCCACAGAAAUAGUUGACCUUUACAUCAUCUUCCCUAUAGAUCGCAAGGUCUGAAUGGGGAAACUUUACUUUUUAUCUUUUAAAAGAGAGCAAAGGCAAAAACCAGUAAUACUAAAUACAAUAAAUAAAUGUAGAUGUAGAUCUGUAUCAAGUACACACAAAAUUGAAAAGAAUCUGGCGUCCCAAAUGAAUAUUUCAUCAUUUCGUCACUAAAUCAGCUUAAACAAAAAUACAUUAGACAACCAUUUUUUUUUAAAAUAAACCUAAUGUUAGUUGAUCAUUGACAAGAGUAGUGCAAAAAUAUAUAUUACUGUAUCAUUUUACUUCUUCAGAGACAAACGUUUCCUCUUUGCAACAAUAUAUGUUGCAGCAAUGUUGUCUACCUAAAUGUGCUAGUGUUAUAUAUAUAAAUAUAGCCUUUAUAUAAUUAUUUUAUUGACAUCACAUUCACAAGAUUGCAAGUUUUGUAAUGCAGUGUUUCCCAAACAUUCUCUAUCGGAACACUUCGCACAUUCCGGCGGAACACAUGGCUUAUUUUUCUUAGGUUGAAUUUUUUCUUAUUUGUUUAAAUAAAUAAUUGUAAUAAUUAAGCCCUAUUCUAAAUUCAGCAUUAUUAUUUAUUUUCAAGUAUAAAGCUGUCAUAAAAUACAAACAUAAACAUUGGGAAAUGUAAGGAUUAAUUCCCUUUGAUGGUAUUGUGUCUUUGAAGAGCUUAAAUUCGUGAUAUCACGAAGCGUGGUCGAGAGGAUAAGUGCGCUUGAACUUGGCUUGGCUACCUAUAAAGGGGGCUAGAGGUUCGACUGCUGACUCGGGCAGAGUUGUGUUUACUGAGCGCCUAAAGGCAGCACGGAAAAACCUUCUCCUAGAUACCACUGGUCCACAACUGAGAUUGGACCAAAGCGCUCUGAAAAUGCUAUAAGCAUGAAAGUAGCGCUAUAUAAAAGCCGUAAUUUUUUUAUUUAUUUGAUAUUGGUAAGCUGAAUUCUAAUAGCUGGUGUGGCGUCUCAACUCUGUUACCAUUCUUUAGUAUUUUAAUUUAAAGAUAAUACUAAGAAAAUCCUGCAUCCCCCAAAUAAUAUUAAUAAUAAUGGCAAUGUCUUAUAUUCCGAAGAUUAAGGAUGAGUGCAGUGUUUCACGUGACAAUGCAAACCCAGUCACGACCUGCAUAUUUUCCCUCAUCUCGUGUGGAAAUAGUGUUGUAUUCUUUAGAUAAACUCGACCAGAAAUCAUUUAAUGUUUCAUCUUUGUUUCAAAUUGUAAAACAAAUUUCCUCACGGAUAAUAAAGAUUAUUAUUAUUAUUAUUAUUGAAUUAGAGUCAAAUCUAGAGCAGUUCAAAGUUCAUAGUGAUGUUGCUCUAGAUUUUUAGCUUAGAAAAGCGAAUAAAAUAAGUUUUUCUGUUCUGCAUUAAUUAAUUCACGUGUAGACCUACUAGUUAAUUACUCCAAUAGCUCAUGGACCACUGUUUGGGAAACACUGCCCUAAAGUGUAAAAACAAACAAACAUAAACUAAUUUUAAAUAUUAGCUUCACAAUCCUCCAGUUGGUUAUUUUACAAUGUUUCAAUAUUUUCCAUAUUCUUUUUUUUUUUUUUUUUUCAUUUGCAAUGUAUCUGUUUGUGUGUUUUUUUUAAACACUUUGUAUUUAUAUGGCAUAAAGUUACAUGUAUAGACCAGAUGACUGUAGAAUGACUAUGUAAGAUAAUGUGUAAAUUGAAAAAUAAAUGUUUUAUAAGUCA